CGUCACACGGUAGGGAGCGUUGAAAAAUACGCCGAAAGCUGUGAAAUACUCAACUGUUUACAGAAAAUAUGAACUAAAAGCACUGUUUCCACAUCGUGUCUGGGGAUUUGGACACCACAACUGAAGUUAAAGACAAGGCUAGCAAUUUUACCCAUGAAAUUACGACGUAAAUAGCGUUUUAUAACAUGUUUCGUUGCUUGCUACCAUGGCGUUGUAACCGUCAGGUAGAGUAUAUCGAUCGAAGACAUGGGAAUCUAGCUUUCAUUCCUGAUGAAAUUUAUCGAUAUGAACGCUAUUUACAAGAAUUGUAUUUGGAUGCGAACCAGAUUAAAGAUCUGCCGAGGGUAAGGUUGUCUAAACACAACGCAUAAAGCAAUCAUCGGCCUUUGAAAAUAUAUUUGCUAACCAAUAUAUUGUGACUCUUUAGGCAUUCUUUAGGUUGUAUAAUCUAACUCAUUUGGGUCUUAGUGACAAUGAAAUUGCUCGGUUACCGCCAGAAAUAGGAAAUUUAACAAAUCUUGAAGAAUUUGACAUCAGUAGAAACGGUAAGGCUUUCAUAGCUCGAUUGUAGAUUUUGAAUUAUAAAUUUAUUGUGCUUUUACAAUUCAUACCAAUUGUUCGCUUUUAUUGCGGUGCAGCCCUCUUAGAAAAGCUAGCGAGUGUGUUUUAUAUAUUAAAUUAUAAAAGCAUAUUGUAAACUUUAUUUAAUGUGUCUGUAUAUGUGUUUAUAUCCCGUUUAGAUAUAUGUGAUAUUCCAGAAAAUAUAAAAUUUUGUAAAGCUCUGGUCACUGUCGAUUUUAGUGGCAAUCCUCUCUCGAGGUAUGUAAAAUUAACAAUACUUCAGAUUUUUUCGUUUAAAAGCACUUGUGCUUUCGAUUACAGCACUAAAUAAAGUCAAAAGUGAUCGUGAUUUUAUAUUCGAGCGUCUGUGAUCUGUAUAAAACCAUAUCGCUUUUCACAAGACAAAAUAGUGCAUCCAUAAUUACAAUCAAAAAAACUUAUUUUCCCAUAUAUACUGCUCAAAUAGGCUAUUUAUUUAGCACCCAACUGCGGAAGCAUCAUAAAAUAUGGUUUACUACCCCUUAAUAAGCAAUAUAACCCUGCAAGCCGGGGGAUAUAUUGAAUAUUUUUCUCUCAAAAUGUUCAAUAUGAAAUUGACAAUGUCAAUUGCAGUGAAAAGGGUUGGGCAGUUGCAAUUUAUUGCAUUUAAAUUUCGGAAUAAUUUUCGUGCUUUAAUCCUUUAAAAGGUUAUUGCAUUUAUAAAACAGCUAUUUCUUUGCAUUUUCGGUAUUUAUUUAACUGGAAAGCGAUUUGUCAAGCGAGGUGUGAAGGCUUGAACAUUUCAACUCGUAAAUUUGAACCGGAAACAUAUUUAUUGAUUGUUAGGAAAUAUACGCUGAAAGCACAACUUGUUAGAAGUUUAAUCGUAAUUUACUUUGCUAAAACACCUCCAAACCUUAGCAAUGUAAACUCUAAAAUCUCAAACCUUGUCUGUUUGUUUUAGUCGCUUUUGUUGUUGUAUAAUUUCAGCUGUUUCAAAUUGUUUUUAUUGUACAUUUAAAAGUAAAUUUUUCAUGGAUUUCCUCCUUGUAAACUGCUGAGUAAUUUGUGGCAUAUUUUCAAACCAUUUCUGAGUCAUUAUGGCAUUUUUUCUACCGCUUUCUACAAAAUUCUUUGCAUACUGUAAGUGUAAGUUAAAUUGCCCAAACUUUUAAAUUUGUUUAUACAUUAUCAAAAAUAUAUGCCCUCUAAAUUGCCAUGUUAUUUGGUGGAUAAACAAAAUCCACAAUUUGAACUGACAUGAAAUAUAGACCAAUUUUAUAUAGUUAUACUCUUAUAAGUUUUGAUAUGUUUUGGCAUGUCAUGCAAUGCAAAUUUUUGUGUAUUAAUUUCAUUGAAAACUGACAAUGGAAUCCUUUUAUAUAUCCCCCCAAGGAAGCCCAUCAAUUGGGCUAAGUGCUUUUCUUUUUGACAUAUUUCAUUUAAAAUAUUUAACCAUGAAAUUUUAGAGUUUUUUACACAGACGAAUGUGAACACUUGUUUAUAAAAGUCAAUACCAAUCCCAGAAAUGGAACAUGCACUGAUUGCAAACCGAUGUUGACACAAGUUUGCAUAAUCAAAAAUUUAAAUGAAUCUGCGACAUGUUUUCGUUAGAUUAAAAUUGUCUCUGCAGCACUGAAAUUUGCAUUUAAAUAUCCUCAAAUGUUACCGUGUAAAAAAUGUGCGCGCUUGUUUACAGCACCGCUACAUUUCCAUAGACUGUUAGACUGUUCUUUUAGAUUGUAUAAACCUUUUCUUCAUAUUUUGUAUUUGCCUUUUUUGAUAUUGAUUGUCAUUUAGCACUGUUUAUAUUGGCAUUGCAGAAAGUGAAAUAAUUUUAACUUUAAAUAUAGCAAAUAUUUUCUAAUAGAAAACACAAACAAUAGUAUUAUAUGUUUUAUUGCCAUGCAAACCUACAAAGAACUUAAAACAUUUUCUGUUGUAAAUGGUCUCCCUGUAUUCCAUGUCUAUUGUUUGAAGUGGAGUACAUGCAGAAAAUAGGCAGUGUUUUGGUAGAAUCAAACUGAAAGCACUCUUCUCACAUGUGACUGAGGUGAAAUUAUUAUAUUAUGUUUGUGAUGUUACUCUGAGUGUAUAUCCACACCGGGCAUGUUUGAAAAAUAUGCCUGGCCACGGUGGGAAUCGAACCUACAACAUUGAUAUUGAAGGAACUAGACUCAGUUCCGAAAUAUCACAUACUCGAACCGACCUGACCGCGUAGCUCAGUUGGCAAAGUAUUGGGCUAGUAUUCCGAAGGUCGUAGAUUCCCACCGUGGCCGGGCAUAUUUUUCAAGCUUGCCUGGUGUGGAUAUACACUCAGAGUAACAUCACAAGCAUCAUUAUAUUUACCUGAGUACAUUACAUCAACACAGAAAAAAAUUUAUUAUGAUAUUGCAAUCAUCAAACUGAUGUGAGAGGCAUAUAUGCACUAACAAAUGUCUCGCUAACACCCCACAGAAAUUGUGAGAAAUUCUGGCAUCAUAGAAAUCUGACAUGCCUCAGGGCAUGCUUGAAUAUCAAUUUUGUAAUAUAAGUAUUUUUAUUAAUAAUCAUAAAAAUGCAAUUAAACAUUUGGGCAGGUGCAAAGUGAAAAAACAGAUUAUAUUUGACUGUUUUGAUAUAAACCUAGCUAUCGUAUUCCUAUGAAUUCCAUGUGGAAAAAAAUUAAAUAGUAAUCUUAAGGCUCUGUCCACACAUCUGGUGUAUCUCUAGCAUAUUCAUCGUGUACCUAGGGUAUGCUUGUUGUAUAAACCAUAUAAACCAUUUUUGAGCAUGCUUAAAAAAUGUUUUUGUCUUGUCGGGCCUCGCCGUAUGCAUCAUAUGUGACUGUGCUUGAAACGUAUACAACCUAUGCCUAACAUACCCCUAGCGUAUGUUAGCAUUUUCCAGCGUAUGAGUGAUAUUUUUCAUACUCUGGCAUGCGCUAGUACGAUACAAAAUAGUGUGACAGGGCCUUAAGAUAUCAAUCCACUUUGAGGUUGUUCAGACUGCUCAUCUGUCAGUUGUGAUUUUUGAAAUAUUUUCAUCACUAUUUCUAGACUUCCUGAUGGAUUCACCCAGCUAAAAUGUUUGACAAGUUUAUGUCUAAAUGACGUUUCCUUGGUCCGCUUGCCUCCUGACAUUGGCAGGUAAAAUUAAUAACCUAAGCAAAUAAUUAAAUGAUAUGUCAGAACAGGUUCUGAACUUUAAAUUUUUUCUCAAUAUCCAACUGGGAAACCAUGACUCCAAAGUUUAGUAUCCCCCCUGAGAAUUCAGUAUCCCAUUUCUGGAAUCCAAAUAAGUUUCCAUAACUCUCACUGCUGCAAAUUACAAUGACAACAGGAGAUUCAACAGUUAAUUCAAUGCACAUAAUAUGAGGAAAGGGUUGGGUUGCAAACUCAUAGUAUUCAAAAGCUAUCAAAUGUUUAAAAUUUUCUUACUAUCCAAAACAAUUUGGUAUCCAAAACCAAAUUUUUGUAUCCCGUGGAUAUCGGGAUACUGCCAGACUGCUAACUUUGCCCAUUGUGCACCGAAUAUGAUUUUGUUGCCAAAAAAUAUGCACUUAUAUUUCAUGGGAGGGACAGAAUGUGCACUCAGGUGGUAAGUGAGGAAAUUUGCACAUCAGUGACAUCACUAAAGUAUCAAACUUUUGAGUAGUUUUGAAAGUACAUUUUGUUAAAAAAAUUUUAAAAUUCUGUGCAAAGUGCUCACAUAAUGCGCACCUGACUUCAAUUCUUAAAACACACGCACUUCAUCUCAAAAAAUGUGCACAGGAUAUCUUCCGUGCGCACAGCAAAGUUAGUAGUGUGGGGAUACUGCAAAUUUCAGACCCUCAGAGUGUUGUAACAUGAACUGACCAAACUUUUGUUUUAGUUUGGCAGAGUUGCAAGUGUUGGAAUUACGUGAGAAUUUGAUCAAGUUUAUACCAGUGUACGUAUUUACAAUGUUUUAUCUAAAUACUGUGGAAACUUCACAUUCACAUUUUACUUUGUGUAAUUGCAGACAAUUUUAGUAUUUUCCUCAUCAGUUGUGUUUGUUUCAACAGAUCAUUGUCAUUUUUAACCAAACUAGAAAGAUUAGACCUUGGAUGUAAUGAGCUGGAAGAUUUAGUAAGUGAAAUAAAAUUAUUCUAAAUUUUUGGGAUCUGACUGAAGGGCCUGUUUACAGAAUAGAGACCACACAGAAAGCUAACUCGGCCAAAAAAGCGUAGCCACUGUCACACCAUGAUUCACAAUGAUUCAUAUUGCCGUGUUCCUAGACACUGCUCAUAUGAGAGGCAUUCACCCCCUGAAGGUCCACUAUUUUGAGUCUUUUCAGGGGGGUGAAUGCCUCUCAUAAGCGCACUGCCUAGGAACACAGCAUUGCAACGCCAAGAAGUCAGCCUUCUGUAAGGUCUCUAUUCCGUGACCUGUUGUAGCAUUUUUUUUCAAAUCCACCAAAAUAUUUAUCUAUUUUUUUGUUUGUGCAUUUGUAGCCUGAUAUAAUUGGAUCACUUCCUGAGCUUGUUGAGUUAUGGCUGGACGGCAAUCUUCUCAGGACGCUACCCAUGGAAAUUGGCAAUUUAAAACGACUGCAGAUAUUUGACUGCUCAGAGAACAGGAUAGAAUACCUUCCUGAUGAAAUUAGUGGAUUGGUUGCUCUGAGUGAUUUUCAUUUGUCUCAAAAUUUACUAGAGGUUAUCCCUGAUACUAUAGGUAAGCCUGGGGGUAAGCCCCUCUCCCACCCCCACCUAGAGAGAAGUCUACCACUCCAGCCCAGAGUUGCUACCUCUGUCCUGCACCAAAGAGAAUUAACACUCCUAGAAAGUUAGCACCACCCCUUUCCCAAAAGAAAGUUAUCUCCCCCCACCCCAAGAAAGGCAGCACUACCCCUUGGAACAAUGUUAGCACCCCCUCUUUCUCCCCUCUUUCCCCAGUUACCACCCCUGCUGCAGAGAGAAAGUUAGGCUCCCCCCUCCCCAAGGCAAUCCUGCCCUCAGAAAGGGUUACAGUAGCACCACCCCUUUGCCCCACAGAAAGUUGAAACAAUUGAAAGUUAUAAUACUUGUUCUUAAAAUUUUCUAGGCGAGUUAAAACAACUUGAGUUGCUCAAAGUAGACCAGAAUAGAUUGAUCCAGUUGACUGAUGCCAUUGGAGGGUAGGUUUCAUUUUCACUGCAAUGGUUUGUUUUUGAAACAGCUUGGCAUAUUUAUAAUUGUCUUAUUAUCUCUUAUUUCACAGUGCAAUGAAGGUUUCAGAAUUAGUACUCACAGAAAACUUAUUAGAGGUGGGUUAGGUUUGAAAAAUACCAGUAAGAAUUAUUGUGAAGUUUUAUUAAUUAAAUAGAUAAAAAGUAAAAUUAUUCUUUCCCCAACAGGAUCUGCCUCCAUCCAUUGGCAAACUUGUGAAUCUUUCUGUUUUUAAUGUUGAUCGAAACCAAUUACAAAUGUUACCAGUUGAGGUAAGUCAUUGCUGUGUAUAUAACUUAGAAACACAAAUAAUUACCUUGAAUUUAUUAUUUUCAAGUAGUUUAGACACAAACCACGACAACUUACAGUAUUGUAGAAUGCUACCUACACUGGACCACCAUGUUUGAGAUAUCUUUUUCAGGUAGUUCAGACACAAACCACAACAGCUUAUUGUAGAACAUCCCUUCAAUUUAAGAAUUUUAUUUAUGUUUAAUUUUAUGUUUAUUAGAUUGGAAACUGCAGUAGUUUGACGGUGUUGUCAAUGCGAGAAAAUUGUCUGACAAGGUUGCCUUCUGAGAUAGGAAACUGUCGAACUCUUCAUGUGUUGGAUGUUUCUGGAAAUAGGUAGGAUUUCUGGAUUUGUAAGAAAUUCUUGAGGGAACUGGCUCGCUAUUCUAGCUAGCUCCUCUGGAUAGUUUGUCUUGUGUCACCAAUAAGAUAAAUGAUCCAUCUGAUAAAUUGUUCCAUCUUUAAAACCAGCUCAAUCUAUUUCGUUUUUUUAGACUGGAGAAUUUACCUCUGACCAUUGGAACUCUACCUCUGAAGGCACUUUGGUUAUCUGAAAACCAAGUAAGGAAACAUUGAGUAGUGCGAACACUUCACCUUGAUGGGUUAAGUAGUUGAUCUGAGUAUCCAUUAUCGGUAAAUAACUGUAUGACAAUUUUGUUUAGUCAAAAGCAAUAUUGAAGUUACAGACGGAAGAUGAUGAGAGGACAAACACGAGAGUUUUAACAUGUUUCUUGUUGCCACAGAGUGAACCAAACUUUGAUUUGGGUAUGAUUGCUUGUCUCAGUUGGAUAGCUCUAUCAGUCCUAAACUGUUCUCCCUAGAUGUCCAGUAAGGAUCAUGUCUUAUUGAUCCAGUAUUACUACACGAGGAAAGCUAAACUAAACUAACUUUAUUUAUACUGGAUAGCUCUAUCAGUUUUUAGAUGUUCUCCCUAGAGGUCCAGUAAGGAUCACCUCUUAUUGAUCCAGUGUUACUACAGGAGGAAACCUGAGCACCUAAAGAAAACCUGUGAUGUUUGGUAGAGUCAAACUGGAUGUGACUGAAGUGAAGUUAUAAUCAGACAACUGCAUAUUUGAAAGAUAAAAAUUGAAAGGCACAUGAACAAACGGCAGUCGAACCACUGUGAGACCAACGGCCGACAUUGAACUGCAUCAGACGUUCAAUAUUUACUUUGCAGAAGACUUCGAGGCGGAAGAUCCAGAACACUUCCAUUACGAACCACGUGAGAAACCACCAGUUGAGCUUGGCUUUGUCAACGAACACGUGACCUUCUCGGAUGAAGAAUCUGAUCACGAUGAUGAAAGAGAGGUAAUUGCUACAUUGAUGUCAACAUUUGUUACAAGUAUAUCAAAAUGGUCCUUCCCAUAUGCCAUCCAGUCAUGAUCUGGUGACGAGAAUGUUCAUUUGUUUUUUAUUGUUUUGAAAAUCCUACUGUUCUCCAUGUCAUCCAAUACUCAGUGUUUUGGCUUAUAUUAGCAUUCAUGCAAAGGACCUUUUGCUGUUGUUUGAUGACGGAAUUUGUGGCAGAAUUUGGUGUAAGUUGUUUUCACAUCAAAAUGUUAUCAUUUUCAGACUGACUUCGUGCGCCACGAUACACCUCAUCCAAAGGAUUUGAAGGGAAGACAUCCGAAAAUAUUUUCACAUAAACCAAGAUCUGGCUCAGUGAACUCCGAAGAAGAGGUAAAAUGUUGGUCACUUUAAAACACUAAACUAACUUUAUUUAUACUGGAUAGCUCUAUCAGUUCUAAACUGUUCUCCCUAGAGGUCCAGUAAGGACCAUCUCUUAUUGAUCCCGUGUUACUACAGGAUGAAACCUAAACUAAACUAACUUUAUUUAU